AUGACGUGCACCUUGAUAAAGGCCCGCUCCAUCGCCGGAGCCGACGAUGACCAGGACGAGGAUGGUGACGAGGACCAGGAAGAUGAUGACGAGAACGAGGACCAAGGCGGCAUGGACGUGAACGACACGAUCGAGGACAGCGACUGUCCCCACGGCGAGGUCGCAAAUGUCAUUCCUCGCCGCCGCGCCAUGGACAGCGAUGACUACGACGAUGUCCCCUCGAUCGAGAUCCGAUUCAAGCGUGUUGGCAAGAAGCGCCGCAUAAUUAGGAGUGAUGAGGAGGAGGAUGGCCUCUCAUACAUGUAA